AUGACAGCGACGGUGGAACUCCGCAAGACAUCCGCACCGCCGCUUUUACGCCUCCCCCCGGCCAUUCGGCAUCAAAUCUACCGCCUUCUUGGUUUGGUAUCGUGGAACGGGUACCCUUACAACUUCGAGUUGAAUGGCCCAGGCCCCCAAGUCUUCUGGAACACUUGGAGCUGGGAACAACACAGUACCAGCGACUUCCAUGGCCUACUACUCUCAUGCCGGCAUCUUCAUGCCGAGACAGCUACUCUGCUAUACUCGGCCAACCGAUUCGUGCUACGCUACGCAAACCCUGGUUCCCUCCAGCCUCUCUUUGCCCUGUCCAGGACGGCCCUGACGUCUCUUGCCGAGCUCAAGGUUGUUCUUAACCAAACCUCCUGCCACCACCCAGUGCAAAAGUACGACUACGAAGAUUGCUGUCUCUAUAAGAGUGGUUGGAGCUUGACUGCUGUCAUUUCCACUUGUGAACAGCGAUACCAUUCUCACCAUCACCAGCUUCCGCUGCUGGGCCCAGUGCCCGAAGGUGACAGCGACCUGUCAGACACAGUUCAAGCUUUGCUCAGCGAGUGGCACGCCGCCGCCAACCAUCUGUCUUCGUAUCUCACCCCAAAGCGUCUGGAGCUCAGUCUGGUCUGCGAUAUUGACCCUCGGCACGAAAAGGCGGUCGAGCUAGCCAAAUCAGCUCUCAAGCCGCUCUCCCUCUUGCCAUUGCUGAGGAGCUGCCACAUUCGGCUUUGCAAAACGACCGAUUCCCGGCUCCGCCAACUAGCCCAGGAUGCUGCCUUGCAGAGCACUGUGCACGAUUUUACCAUUCUCACCCCUUGGUCGGUGCCGGAAAUCCCGUUUUCGUACAUGUACAACAGCACCUCUGAAACUGCGAAGAUGGAGUACCCAUACGAGCGCCUUGCAGCGUCACAAUUUCUGCGCCAAGUUAUCCCCGGCCACUGCAUCGCCCAGCUCCGCUUCCUCGAGCUGGUGUUUCCCCCUUACCGUCCCUAUACUUGGCCAGAAACGGACCAUCCGGUAAUGCGGGACUGGAGAGAAACAGUUGCCUGGCUCCGUGACAUGAUCAAUGGACCCGCACUCACCCUGCGACUGAUCGCGAUCCGAUACACCAGCGAUUCAGACUUUGAAGGCCCCAUCACGGUAGCGGAAGGGGACAAGGUCCAUAGAGCAUACAUGGACCUCUUGGAACCUUUGAAAGCGUUGGCCGAGGGGGCUAACGGUAUUUCUAAAUUUUAUGCCAGCUUACGCCAUCCGUGGGAGUUGACAUUCGAGAAUGAAAACCGCCGAACCGGAAUGGAAGAUUUCUUCGAAGACAGUUGGUUGCAGGCAGAAGAGAGGGCACUGAAACAGAGGGCCGAGCGCCAUGUCAUGGGCGACCGGUACGAGAGCCUGUAUGCAAACGGCAGGAAGGAACCGCCGCAAAGCCUUUGGCAUCACGUGCUGAAAAGGCAUGUUUAG